AAUCAAUCAAAGUUUUGUGACAAGAUUAUUUAGCUUCUUACCGGCAAAAGGUUUCUGGGAGGGAUCUGAGUGAGAGUGAAGCAGACGUUGGUCAAAAGGUCUUGUAUAGACUUUUGAGAUGGCACAGGAUACUUCAGCAGAGGGUCUUGAAAAGGCUAUUGAGACGUCAGAUACUUCCGUAAACGGAAGUGAGAGUGCUGUGCCAAAGACAGAGGAGAUCGCUCCACACGCGAAUACCGGUUAUCAUAAUGCAGAGCUCGAUUUUGAUACAGGCUUCAAGGCCUGGUCGCAAGUGCUUGGGUCUUUCUUUUUGUUUUUCAACUCAUGGGGGUUGAUUAAUACAUUUGGUGCUUUUCAGACUUACUACGAAGACCAAAUUCUAUCUCACGAAUCAGCAUCCACAAUCGCCUGGAUUGGUUCUAUUGAAUCUUUCCUUCUCAUGUUCAUAGGAGUCGUUGCAGGUCCCCUAUUCGAUGCUGGAUUUCUCUCGGUAAUGCUGGCCUUCGGUAGCUUCAUGGUCGUCUUCGGUUAUAUGAUGACCAGUCUCGCCUCUGAAUACUAUCAAGUCAUGCUAGCACAAGGUAUCUGUGUCGGGAUUGGUGCCGGAUUCCUAUUCGUACCAUCAGUAGCCAUUUUGCCGCAAUAUUUCCGAAAAAGGCGAGCUCUCGCAAACGGCAUUGCAGCUUCAGGUAGCAGUUUCGGCGGUGUCAUCUAUCCGAUUAUGUUCGAUCAGCUCCAGAGACAAGUCGGCUUCCCCUGGGCUACUCGAGCCAUCGCUUUUGUAGCUUUGGGGACAUGUACGUUUUCGUGUCUCAUACUACGUGCGCGUUUUCUUCCAACCGAACGACGAGAUUUGAUCCAGCUCUCUGCUUUCAAAGAAGUUCCGUACACACUAUUUUGUUUUGGAAUGUUCUUUGGAUUCCUAGGUUUCUACAAUUUCCUGAUCUAUGUUCAACCAUGGGCAAUUCAGAAUGGAGUCGUGAACGCAAAUUUAGGGUUCUAUCUAGUCUCUAUCCUGAACGCAGCCUCGAUCUUUGGUCGUAUCACGCCAAAUUUGAUAGCCGACUACACGGGUCCAAUCAAUAUCCUUCUACCGGCUGCAGGUCUCACAGCACUAAUGGCUUUUUGCUGGAUCGCUGUCAACUCAGCUGCGGGUAUCAUUGUCCUUGCCGCUCUAUAUGGUUUCUUUUCCGGUGGCUUCGUCUCUCUACCACCCGUCGUCAUGAUGGCCAUCACAAAGGACUUUCGGGAUCUGGGAACUCGAUUGGGCAUGUGUUUCAGUAUUUCUUCCUUGGCCCUUUUAGUCGGUACACCGAUUGGAGGCGCUAUUCUGUCUGCUGGUAAUUCAUACCUCGGCGUGCAGUUGUUCUGUGGAGCAUGUCUUGCGACUUGUGCUGCGUUUAUGGUCGUUAUUCGAUUUAUCCGUGUUGGAUGGAAGUUGACUGCUCGAACAUGAUACAGCGUGUCCAUCGCAAUUCACGAAGUUCAAUUUCUAUAUAUCAAUCCGCGAGACGGGGAGGAGGAACUUUUUAACUGCAUACCAUGGCGUCGCUCUGUUAUUCUUUUAGAUUCAUUUUCCGGCACAAUCUUGUUAACUGCAUAGUACAUUCUAUGGUGUCUAUUAUGCAUCACUCUCAGUGUUGGGAGACAAUCAGGGACAUACGUCACUGCAUGAGGCAUAUCGAUAGCUUGAUUUCGGGGUUUGACCUGGGGAUUCGAUUAUGCCUCAGAUAUUCACACAAAAGCAUUAAUGUAUAUUAUCGAAAAUAAUUUCGGUCAAAUCAUGGUUCUUUUAAAGCAUUAUUCAAUGGGUGUGGAAAGAACUUAGAUA